AUGAUCGAGGCCACCAAACGAACCAUCGAGAAGUAUGGGCUUCAGGAUCGAGUGACUCUGCUCGAAGGUCCCGCACAGGACUCCAUUCUCACGCUCACUGGGACCUUUGACAUUGUCUUUGUCGACGCAGAGAAAGAGGGCUACGAGGAUUACGUCAAGACCGUGCUCGAUCAGAAACUCCUAGCCCAAGAUGGCUUGAUUAUCUGUGAUAAUGUCUUCUCCCGUGGGUUGGCCAUCUCCGAGGACGCCGGCAAGCAUUUGAGACAGGAUCUGGUCCCAUACUGGAUUGAGUGCGGGAAAAAGAUGCAAAAGCUGAGUGCAUUUUGCAAGAAUGACCCGAGAAUCGACAAUCUGGUCUUGCCUUUGUAUGACGGAAUGUCUCUCAUCCGAUGGAAAUCGUGA